AUGCAGAUCGAUCCGGCCGCCUUGAGUCGGACCGACUCGGGGUCAAAUCCGGCUAAGAGUGCGACACCCAAUGCCCCGACAACUGUGAAGUCGUCCAGAGCUCUCAACUCCGUCCCGCGACUCGACUUACAACAUGCCUACACGGACCUCAAAGCCGCUAUCGGAGAUCAAUGGGCUGAAUACAAGGAAUCGACCGCCUUCUUCCUACUAGGUCACUAUAACCAAAGUGAAUACGCGUCGCGAGUCGACCAUAUCCUCUGCGCCGACCCCAAAACUGAACAUCUACAUAAUAAUUUCGUCUGCGCGAUUCUCGGAAACCUCACGCGAGACCUCCCCGAUCAUGGUGUCGCAAACUGGGUUUCAGCUAACGAUAAGCCCUCAGUGGUGUCGAAGCCGGUCUCCGGCGACGCUGCGGAGCAACGAUUAAAGACGGAGGUUAUGCAUUUGCCCCCAAGAGAUCGUCGACGACUCAAAGGAAUUCCAGAGCGCGAUCCCAACGAUGUCACACCCAGUGAACUGGAGCUAUAUCACUUAGCAAAACAAAUGAAGCUCCCAAGUCAAGUCCCAGCAAGCGCCGGUGGGCUAAACAAAACUAAUUGGGAAUUGGAAAUCCGAAAACGAUAUGCGCAACCCCUCGCUGCUGAAACUGGUGAAUUCCCCGAUGCUGAAUCGAUUUAUGCCCGUAUGGUCCCCAUGUGUUACGAAGAGUCCCUCCCAGGCGGUGCCGGACUCCCAUGCGCCGAAUUCAUGGCGAUUGCAACAGAAACGUUUGUGAAAGAAGCUCUUUCUGCGGUGUUUUCAAGAACUCGGUCCAAUGGUCCCUCCGGUACGAUUAACGGAAUGAUGAUGCGCAAGUACCGACAGCAACUGGAGCGUGAAGAGCUGGCUUUCACACGUGGAGAAAUUGUGAAGGAUACUGCUACCGGUUUGCUCCCAGUUGAAGCCAGAGAAGCCAGUACUCGCAGACCUCUUGGUGUUCGAGAUUUGCGAUUAACUCUAGAACUCGGCACUGGUGUUCUAGGUCAUAUGCCUCUGAUUAUUGAUCAGAUCACGGGUGGGUAUUUCGAAGAUGAGCUGGAGACUGAAAAGCAUGAUCGCCUAGAGAAUGGCGUUACUGAAGCAGUCGAGGUCAAGAUGGCUGAUGAGGAUCCAAUGGAUAUUGAUGAUAUCGACGAGGUCCUGUCAGAUUGGGAGGGUGGAACAACUACAGAUCGAGAUCAGUUGGGCUCCCUGCUUGAUGACUGCUUAUCUAUGGCUGCUUGA